UCACCACCACCACCUCCCACUCUACUUUAAUUUCAUCAUGUCUGACGACGAGGCCCACAACGUCAACUUCGAGACCGCCCAUGCUGGGUCGUCUCUGACGUUCCCCAUGCAGUGCUCGGCCCUCAGGAAGAACGGACACGUCGUCAUCAAGGGACGUCCCUGCAAGAUUGUCGACAUGUCGACCUCCAAGACGGGCAAGCACGGUCACGCCAAGGUCCACCUCGUCGCUACUGACAUCUUCACUCAGCGCAAGUACGAGGACAUCUCGCCCUCGACCCACAACAUGGACGUCCCCAACGUCCAGCGCCAGGAGUACCAGCUCAUCAACAUUGACGACGGCUUCCUCAACCUCAUGACCGCCGACGGCAACGGUAAGGACGACGUCAAGGUCCCCGAGGGCGACCUCGGAGACUCGAUCCAGGCCGCCUUUGACGACGGCAAGGAGAUCCUCGUCACCAUCGUCUCGGCCAUGGGUGAGGAGCACGCCCUCGCCUUCAAGGACGUCACCAAGUAAGCAUAGGUGCCCUUUGUCAGACGGGGUUACUUUGCGGGAUGACGGAGAUGAAGGUCAUAAAACAGAAGCUCUCGGCAGGGCGGGGGAAGAAGAGGGUGAGCUGGAGAAAGUGUAGCGGUGCUCUGGCGAACCGCGUUGUUGGAUGCCUUGGACCUCGCUGGAGUCAUGACCAUCAAUGACGUCCAUCCACGUCCUUGUGUUCCCUUCUACCGCCUUUCCCGUGCGUCUUCUGAAAAGAUUGUUCGUUUUCAAUGUCCUCAUCGUGCGACGAUCCUGCGUACGUGUUUCUGACAGCGCCGCUUGGCUGUGAGACUCGUGUCGUGACACCAGGUUGCACAGAGCCGGACAUGACCUUGAAGAUAUCUGGCUC